AUGACGCGUUUUAUGAUAACUAAAAUUUUUAAUAAUAAUAAAAUAAAUAAUAAUAAGAUUAAUUUAAUUAUUAUUAAAUCAAUUUUAAAUCAUCGAAAAUUUUCUUCCUCCUCAAUUAAUCAUAAAAAACAAAAAUUGUUUUAUUGGGGUUCAGUAGGUUCAUCAGUGAAUACUCAAAAGACUCCUUUUGAAACUACGACUUCUCCGCAAUUAUUAAAUUUUACGGAUCUUGACAUUGAAAUCACUCAUAUCGCUAGUGGAUGGGCUCAUUCACUUAUAGCUUUUAAAUUUAAAGAAACUACUAAAGUAUUUUCAUUGGGAUUAAAUUCUUCUGGGCAAUUAGGACAUUGUACAAUUAAUGAUAAUUAUUUUAACUAUGGACAAAUUGAAGAAGGAUUACCACCAAAUUUUAAAGUUCAUUCUUUAAGUUGUGGUCGACUUCAUUCAUUUAUUUUGUUAUCAAAGGGGAACAAUAAUGAGAAAAGAGAUCUAUAUGGAUUUGGAAAUUCGAUACAUGGGCAAUUGGGAUUCGGUAAACAAGUGUUGAUUAAUGACGAGAAUCCAAAAUUUAUAUGUUUUCCUACACCACAACUUGUCGAUAGUAUCAAAGAAAAUGUCACCCAAUUAGCUUGUGGAUUUGAUCACACUAUUUUAUUAAUGGGUAAAGGGAAUACUUCAGAUCGAUCGAUUCCCUCUUUAAUUCCGAAAUUCCAUAAUUCAUCUAUUCGUAAAAUCACAUCUUCUGUAGAUUUUACUUUGGCUUUAUUGGAACAUAAAAUAAUAGACAUUGGAGCCGGUGGAACUUUUAGUGCAUAUGUGACUGGUGAUGUUUACGUUUGCGGUUACGGUGCAUUGGGAUUUGGUGAUAAUGUGAUUGAAAAAUUGAAACCGACGCGUAUACCAACUUUGAAUAAUGUUAAAAAGGUUUAUUGCGGAACGGAUUAUAUCGCGGCAAUUUCAAAUUUAUUUACAUGGGGAUGUGGAAAUUCAUCUGGAAGGUUAGGACUUAAACAUACCAAGAAUCAAUUUGUACCUAUGAAAGUUACAUUUCCUCAUGAAGUAAUUGUCGAAGAAGUCGCAUGUGGAACGAAUCACGUUAUUGCACUUUGCCGAAUGACAUAG